UAUUUCGCAUUACAUUUGUGUGUCGGCGCUCCCUCGUCGGCAUAAGGCGGCGCGUGACUUUCUGAAGUAGCGUCUAUGAGCUGCCUAGACUAAUUCAUCUUUCGCCGGCAUGUUUCCGGCAUUCCAAGGAUAUUGAAGUCGAAUGUUACACCUACGAUCAACAAGUUGGGGUUGCACGAGACAAUCUGAUUGUGAGAUUUACUCUUCUUUGGGGUCAGACUGUUCUUAAGCUGAAAGAGGAACACUGUUCUUUUAUUUCAGAUUCAGCGCAAGAGAGACAAUACACGGACUAAAUAGUGUUGGCGGAGUAGUCAAAGCGCUCUUUUCCCAAGUAUGCCAACGAAGAAUUGAGACGCGACUUUAAAAUAUCAUCACCCAGAGCAUGGACAUCGCGCGGGGAACGGAAUCAGCUGGGCUGGCUCCCUGUCAAGGUUUGCACCAGACGCUUGCAAAUCUCCGUUGGAGCACCUGACACUUACAUUUAUUUAUUUAUUCCCGGUGAGCGAAACCCUGUUGCGUCUAUGCUUUUGUCACGUCCACGGGUUGUCAACCUGUACAGGAUUCUGUCUGGACGGCAUGGGAUGUAAAGUAACCAUUUAAAUCUGAUGAACGUCCACGUCUGUCUGUAUGUGUGUGUUUCUGUGAGCGUGUGUCAGUAUGAAUCAGCGUGCCUGUGAGUCAGCGCGCGUGUGUCGGCAAGGCUGUAUGUGUGUCGGUUGUAGACGACCCACCUAUUCCGACACGACCUGAGUGUCCUUGUCAUUCGUAGAUAUAUAAAUAUAUCAACAGUACUACGAAGCAUUCUGGUAAAAUUAACACCUCAAAGCAUUAGAUGUGAAGAACACAAGACAUUAAAGUCAGUUUUGUCGAUCGAAGGAGGGUCAAUAGCUUCAACAAAAACAGUCACGGAUAUGUACGCCUCUAUGUAACAGACCGGGAAACCAGUGGCAACAUGCCCGUCGUCACAGCUCUGAGAGCGGUAGAGAUGGGUAGAGGGUGGGCCUACGGCGGCGUGUGGUGCUCCAAGGACAAGGGGAAGGAUGAAUGAUGAAGGAUGAUCGGCGAGGGCAAACGUCUGAAGGGUUUAAAAGAAAAACACGUGUGGUGCGUUAUUUUUAAAGUGGCGAGGAGGAUUCUCAGACGUUUUAAUUGGCAGGCUCCAAGGACAUAGAGGUGAGAGCCAUGGGCGCGUUUGUUAAGAGAGGGCGGAGGUGCGAGGCGCCGUGUGUUCGUUUUCUGGAACUAUGAAGAAUGGGGCGGCUAUUUAUCUGUGAAGUCGCGUCUAUUUUUUUCUUUCUGUUAGUGUGCAUUUCCAUUUCCAAGUCCGCUGAAGUGGGCGAUGGGCAGCUUGUGAUAUUUACACUUCUCUGAGCCUCUUGUUUCUGCUGUUGCCACGCUCUGUAGUUGGUGUAACAGGUGAUAAUAGGAGGGCUGUGCAGGUGUGGGUGUGCGUGACCCCCUGCCCGUCACGGACAUGGACGGGGUGGGGGGUGGAGCGGGUACCCCAGGGACUGGGGGUGCAGGUGGCGGCUCAGGUAAUGCGGACUCCCGCCCCACCCGAAACGGCGACUCCAAGCGGCGCAGCAAGAGCAGCCUGCCGUCGCCAGGUUACCGGCUGUCCCAGGCCUCUCUGGAGGGGGAGCGGGCCGAGCCAGUGCGCCGCCGCCUGUCAAUCAUGAGCUCGUCCCGUGACGGCCUCCCCUUCCGGUCGGCCACCGCCGCUGGGACCCCCACCACCCCGAUCCCUCUCCCACCGCCCCCCUCCGGCUCGGGCCCCACCCCGACCUCGAUGCCCACCACAGGGCAGCGCGCGGUGGGCUUCGCCUCGCGCACCGCCCUGACCUCCACGUCCUCCACGGGCACGGGGGUGAUGGUGGUGACGGCGGCGGGGCUGGAAACCACCACCACCACGGCGGCCGGCACGCCUGAGGCCGGACCAGGCCUGGACGGGGAGGACUACAGCUACUCCAACCAGUCCACCUUCAUCCAGAGGCAGUUCGGAGCCAUGCUGCAGCCCGGGGUCAACAAGUUCUCCCUGCGCAUGUUCGGUAGCCACAAGGCCGUGGCCCUCGAGCAGGAGAGGCUCAAGUCGGCCGGGUCCUGGAUCAUCCACCCUUACAGUGACUUCAGGUUCUACUGGGACCUGCUGAUGCUGCUGCUGAUGAUGGGCAACCUGAUCGUCCUGCCCGUGGGUAUCACCUUCUUCAAGGACGAGAACACGCCACCGUGGAUCAUGUUCAACGUCGUCUCAGACACCCUCUUCCUGGUGGACCUGGUGCUCAACUUCCGCACGGGCAUCGUCAAGGAGGACAGCACCGAGAUCCUGCUGGACCCGCGAGCUAUCCGCCAGCGCUACCUCAAGAGCUGGUUCCUGGUGGACUUCGUCUCGUCCAUCCCCGUGGACUACAUCUUCCUGAUGGUGGACCUGGAGGCGCGCAUGGGCGGCUCAGAGGUGUACCGCACCGCCCGCGCCCUCCGCAUCGUGCGCUUCACCAAGAUCCUCAGCCUGCUGCGCCUCCUCCGUCUCUCCAGGCUCAUACGCUACAUCCACCAGUGGGAAGAGAUCUUCCACAUGACGUAUGACCUGGCAAGCGCCAUGGUGCGCAUUGUCAACCUGAUCGGCAUGAUGCUGCUGCUGUGCCACUGGGAUGGAUGCCUCCAGUUCCUGGUGCCCAUGCUGCAGGACUUCCCCCCGGACUGCUGGGUCUCCAAGAACGACAUGGUGAAUGACACGUGGGGGGUGCAGUACUCGUAUGCCCUCUUCAAGGCCAUGAGCCACAUGUUGUGUAUUGGCUACGGAGCCCAGGCCCCCGAAGGCAUGACGGACGUGUGGCUCACCAUGCUCAGCAUGAUCGUGGGCGCCACCUGCUACGCCAUGUUCAUAGGCCACGCCACCGCGCUCAUACAGUCACUCGACUCCUCACGCCGCCAGUACCAGGAGAAGUAUAAGCAGGUGGAGCAGUACAUGUCCUUCCACAAGCUGCCGGCGGACAUGCGUCAGAAGAUCCACGAGUACUACGAGCAUCGCUUCCAGGGCAAGAUGUUUGAUGAGGAGAACAUCCUUGGCGAGCUGAGUGAGCCACUCAAGGAGGAAAUCGUCAGCUUCAACUGCCGCAGUCUGGUGGCCAACAUGCCCCUGUUUGCCAACGCUGACCCCAACUUUGUGACGGCCGUCCUGACGAAGCUGCGCUUCGAGGUAUUCCAGCCUGCCGACUUCAUCAUCAGGGAGGGCACCGUCGGCCGCAAGAUGUACUUCAUCCAGCACGGACGAGUUGGUGUGCUCACCCGUGGCAACAAGGAGACCAAGCUCAGCGACGGAUCCUACUUCGGAGAGAUCUGUUUGCUGACCCGUGGCCGCCGGACUGCAAGUGUGCGAGCUGACACGUACUGCCGGCUGUACUCACUGAGCGUGGACAGCUUUAACGAGGUCUUGGAGGAGCACCCCAUGAUGCGGCGAGCCUUCGAGACCGUGGCAGCUGACCGCCUCGACCGCAUCGGUAAGAAGAACUCCAUCCUGCUGCGUAAGGCGUCUCAGGCCGGUUCGAUGGCGGGCAGUAUGGGUCGCGGGGGUGGGGGCAGUCGCGGGGGUGGCGCUGGCGGAAGCGGAGUGCUGGGCAGCAUGGCAGGCCUGGGCUCGUGCGACAGCAUGCUGGUGCAGCAGAUCGUCAAGCACGACAGCAUGCCGGCCAUGCAGGAGUUCGCCGCCGUGGCUACCCCUCGGCCCGGGGUGGUCGGAGGAGGAGGAGGAGGAGGAGGAGGAACCGUGUCUCCGCGCCCCCACCCGCUCAUCUGGGCACCGCUGGUGCACGCUCCGCUGCAGACGGCCGCGGCCACCACCAACGUGGCUAUCGCCCUGAUGCACCAGCAGCAGCAGCAGCAGAUCCAGCAGCAGAUCCAGCAGCAGCAGCAGCAGCAGCAGCAGCAGCAGGCUCUGGGCCAGGGCACCCUCUUCAUGCCCUCCACACUGCCCAUCUCCCCCUCCCCCUCCAGCUGCCCACUUUCACCCCCGCGCCCCCCCCUCCUGCACCCACGCCAGUCCAUCUCCUCCCUCAUGGGCGUGGGACUGCCCCCCAGGGGGCUCCCCGUAUCCAUGAUGUCAGUGCCCUCCCCCUCCUCAGUGGGCCCGCCUACUGCUGGCGGGGGUUCAGGAGUAGGGGGUGUCACAGGAGGCAUUGGCGUGGCUAAAAUUCCGCCCACCCCUGUGUCGUCCAUGCCCACACCCUUGCAAGGGGGACGGACUCUUCACUACAGUCUCCGCCUCCCCGCGGAAUCCCCCUCAGCCAAUGGCGCUGGAGUGGGAGGAGCCACGACACCACCUUUCCACAGAGUUCCACCUUCCUCUGCAGGCGGGGCCGUCGCCAUGGCAGUGGCGUCCCUGCCGCCCGACAUGCGCAAUCUGAUGUGUGGCCAGCAGGGGGCCAAAGAGGCGCUGCUGCGCCACAGCACCCAGGGGCUGCCCGCUCUGGGCCGCCUGACGCAGGAGGCCCGGCUGCUCUCCGCCUCCCAGCCCACGCUGCCGCACCGCAGCUGGGCCGGCCUGCAGCCCUGCCCCCCCCUCCACCGCAAGGCCUCCGGGGGCAACCUGCUGCCCGCACCCUUCCUCGUGUCGCCAGGACAGCUGGCCAGGGGGGGCAGUGCCGGGGUGCUGAGUUCUAACACUCCCACUGCUGCUGCCCAGAUUCUGCCCCUGGCAGCACAGGUGCCCAUGCAGAUGCCAGCCCAAACGUACCCACUGCCCCUGCAGGUCCAGUUGGCACAGACCCCCCCUCCUCUGGCACUCGGGCCCACCCCUGCCGCCGCCCUAAGCUCUGCUCCUGGCCCAGCGUCCUCGUCCCCGAAACAGACACCCCUCUCCUCCUCCUCUCCCCCCAGCGCGGGCAGCACCCCGCUGGCAUUCCCCCACACCCAGCCAGCGGGCGCCAAGCCCAGUGCCGCCUCCCCCUGCCCCUCCCUGCCCUCCUCCACCCCUCCCCCCUCCGCGGCCGCCUCCCUCAUCCAGGGCUCCCGUUUCAGGCUACCCCCACCCAAACCCCCAGUGGUACCACCACCCCUGUUAGCUCCUUGAGCUCCUCCGUCACCCCUGUCCCCACCAGCCGCCCCUCCACCCAGACGACUGGCACCUCCUCCCCGUCUCCCUCCCCCUCCACGCGCUCCUCCCCUGGGCCUCAGUCUCCCCAGACUCCUGCCCCUGUUACCCCCCCACCCUCCUCCACCACCUCCACCCCUGCCGUCUCGCCCAUCACUGUUGCACCCGUUGCUUCAGCAACUACCCUCCCCCCGUAGCACAACUGCCACCACCACUCCUGCCCCAGCAACUGCCCCCUCCCCAUUAGCACAACUGCCAUCACCACUCCUGUCCCAGCAACUGCCCCCUCCCCCCGUAGCACAACUGCCACCACCACUCCUGCCCCAGCAACUACCCCCUCCCCCCGUAGCACAACUGCUACCACUCCUGCCCCAGCAACUACCCCCUCCCCCCGUAGCACAACUGCCACCACCACUCCUGCCCCAGCAACUACCCCCUCCCCCCGUAGCACAACUGCCACCACCACUCCUGCCCCAGCAACUACCCCCUCCCCCCGUAGCACAACUGCCACCACCACUGCCACUCCAGCCCCCCCAGCGGCACCCAAAGCUUCCCACAAGGCCACAGUCAAACACAAACUGCCCCAUCACAAGUGAGGCGGGGUGAGGGGAGUGGAGGGGCCCCCUCAGCACUGGGUCCAGGGUAGGAUGGGGGGGGGAGGGGUGACAUUGUUAUUAGUAGAAUCCAAGGCUUCAUGUGUGUGUCAGUGAUUGUGUCAGGAGCUGAACUGGACGGAUAGACAGAGUGACAGACCGCAGACAGUAGAACGGACCACAGGCUGGUACCCUAGUCCUGGGAACCCAAAGGCCAGAGGUGAGCCCUCGGACUGAGAGCAGGCUGAAGACAUCCCUGAAGAGUCUGUGGACAUGUAGUCUGUGUGCUGAACGAGAGUUGUACAGUUUAGCAUGUUGGAAUCACCAGAGGUUCGAACAAGUCAGCUGGGCUCACCACGUGUAUAACAUGUCAGCUGAGUCCUGCGCAGGAAAGAUGUCGAGAUGUCGCCGGUGUCCCGCCAAGCAACAGCUGAGAGGAAUGAUGACCGUUGCUGGAUGGUGUGUAACGGAGUGAAAUCGUCUGUGCUCAUCUUUGCGCUUGGACACCAGCAGCCCCAGUGUUAUCAAGCCAAGAGUGGACAAUCACAGACAAGUCACAGAAUGGACAGCCACAGAGUGCAGUUAGGGCAGCCGUGGCCUACUGGUUAGCGCUUCAGACUUGUAACCGGAGGGUUGCUGAUUCGAACCCCGACCAGUAGGCACGGCUGAAGUGCCCUUGAGCAAGGCACCU